CAAGCGAACUCCGAACUUCCUCAUCAAACACUAUUCAACCCCCGACUCUGAUUGAUCCAUGCCGCCUUCCUUCCUUUCAUUCCAUUUCAUAUAUAUAAUCUCCGAUCCACCCACUUUUAUUCAUAUCUACAUCUCUUCUUUUUCUUUUUCUUAAACAACUCAAUUCCGCUUUAUCCCAUCGUCUUCCACACCAAAAUGUCUGCUCCACCUAUUCCAACUCUCAAACCCGUUAUCUUUAUCAACAUCAUUGUCGAUGAACCUUCUGUAGUUUAUUCCAAUGACACUACUUCCUUGACAUAUGUCAACAUCAAAGGCGGCUACACAAAAUCUCUUGAUAAUGAUCUUCCCUUUGAUUGUGACAUUAUUGCCGGCACUGAUCACAUCACUUCGAUUAAUGGCAUCUCCAAUCCUCCAGUCAGUAACCUUGACUGCAGAAUCUUAUUGAAAUCAAAGAAAAAUGGCGGUGGCAUUGAAAUGAAAUAUUCCGGUGUGGUUCAAAUCAACAAAGCAAUCGCUGAUGUCUUUUCAAAGGCUUCUUCCACAAUGGAAUACACCGAUGGAUAUCUCAGUAACUCGCCUUAUUUUUUAUUAGAUGGUUCCUGUGCUGACGAAAAAUGGGUAUCAAAUCAAAAUUUCAUUGGUAAAGGUCGCUUUGUCAGAGAUCAACAAGGCAACUUAACCGUUCAAUAUUAUAUUUACAUCUUCAAUUGAUCCCCUUUUAAAUUUACGACUUUUCUUCUUUUUCUUCUUUUUUCCAUUUAUUUAUUUUAUAUUUAAAUUCUGAUAAUAUAAUAAAAAA